UUUAAAAAAGUAGAAAACCCACAGAAAAAUAACCCAAUAUGCGUCAAACCCCAGCGAGCGCUCCUCCAGUCCAGCUGGGCGCAGUAAUGCUUUACAAACCUCCGGGAUCCUCGCAAAAGAAACACAAACAUGCGGCAUCUUCACGCUUCUUUUGUGAUAGAGACGCAGAUCUGAAUGAAUGAAUCUGAAUUUCGGCGACACACGCGCCUGAACCGAGAAGAAGGUGAAAUGAGAGAAUAACCACGGCAUCGUGAAAACAGCUGCCACCCGCACAAUGAGCCCAAGAGAAGACACCCCUGCAGACCGCGGCUUCCUCGUGGGAGUCAUAUUCUUCAUUCUUGGCCUGGGAACGCUGUUGCCAUGGAACUUCUUCAUGACGGCAUCUAUGUAUUUUAACAACAGACUCAACACGUCUGAAUGGAGUAACGGGACAGUGACCACCAGGAAGGAGUACUACUUCAACAACUGGAUGACUCUGCUAUCCCAGCUGCCUUUGCUGCUGUUCACGUUGCUCAACUCUUUCCUCUAUCAGUGGAUCUCCGAGAAGGUGAGGAUAGCGGGCAGCCUGGUCUUCAUCCUGCUCCUCUUCAUCCUCACCGCGGUGCUGGUCAAGAUCCCGAUGGAGGAGGACCGCUUCUUCUCCGUCACCAUGGCAACCAUCUGGUUCAUCAAUUCGUUCGGGGCCGUGUUGCAGGGAAGUCUGUUCGGUCUGGUGGGUUUAUUGCCGCAGAGGUACAGCGCUGUCUUCAUGAGCGGACAGGGCCUCGCCGGGACGUUCGCCGCUCUCGCUAUGAUCUUCGCCAUCGCAAGUGAAGCUGAUAGUGAGUCUGCAGCUCUGGGUUAUUUCAUCACUCCGUGUGUCGGGACCCUCGUCACACUCAUCAGUUACAUGCUGCUGCCGAAGCUGGAGUUUGCAAGGUUUUACCUGAACAACAAAAGCAAGAGUUACGAGCUUGAGACGUCCAGACAGCUGCUGCCUACAGAUGCUGCAGAAGACUCGGUGAAGACCGGCGACCCGUCUCCUGCGUCCGUGGCGAACGGGAAUCCUAGUCCAGCUGAAAACGAUGAAGAGGAGGCUGUGAAGCAGGCCUUCAUCACGCUGCCGUCUCCUCAGAAGAGCUCCGUCCUGCAGGUCUUCAGAAAGAUCUGGGUUAUGGCCUUCUGCGUGACGUUUGUGUUCACCGUCACACUGUCUGUGUUUCCUGCGGUUACGGUGGAUGUCAAAACUCUGUACGGGGGAAAAUGGGAAAGGUACUUCAUUCCUGUGGUCUGUUUUCUCUUCUUUAAUGUGAUGGACUUCUUCGGCAGAACGGUCACGUUAGUCUCUAAGUGGCCCUCCAGAGACAGCCGCUUGUUCCCGGCGCUGGUGGUCUGUCGAGUGAUCUUCGUUCCUCUGCUCAUGAUGUGUAACGUUCAGGAGAGGAACUACACGCCGGUGCUCUUCUCAAACGACGCCAUGUUUGCUGCCAUCAUGGUGUUGUUCUCCGUGUCCAGCGGAUACUUUGUGUGUCUGUCCAUGACGUACGCCCCGCAACUUGUGGAGCCUAAAGAUGGCGAGACGGCCGGCGCGCUGAUGACGUUUUUCCUGGCUCUGGGUUUGUCUUUAGGAGCGGCGGUGUCCUUUCCUCUGCGUUUCCUGAUCUAACUGUCGUUUCUAGAUUCGAGAUGCGAACACAGACAGAAACGGCACGCGGUUCUAAAGGGACAAACGGAGCUUAAAGGGACGGACGCAAAAAAAUGGAAGAUUUUCUAUUAUAACGGUAGCUUUCGUCACUGCCAUAGUUACAGCCGGGGGUUGCACAAUAUAUCAAAUGUUUUUGCUAUCAUUGACAACACGGUCAUUAACAGAGUGUAGGUUUCAUUGAACGCAAACGCUGGUUGGUCGCAGCAAGUUUUCCUGUUUUUUUAUUUUUAUGUAUUUUAUUUAUUUUUUUUGUAAGACUGGUCAUAAUUUUAAAGUCUGUU